CUCUUUCUCUUUCUUCUCUCAUCUUCCAUCCCACACAAACACAGCGAAUCACCCAACUACCUACUAAAAACACCACCAACACCACAGACAACACAGACAAAAUGGCUCCCGCUACCACCUUCACCCUCAACGAUGGCCGCAAGAUCCCCUCUAUCGGUCUCGGUACCUGGCAAUCCGAGCCCGGACAGGUCGCCAAGGCUGUCGAGUCUGCCCUCAAGAGCGGCUACAGGCACAUCGAUGCCGCUUGGGCCUAUGGCAAUGAGAAGGAGGUCGGCCAGGGUAUCAAGGCCUCUGGCGUCCCCCGAGAGGAGAUCUGGGUCACCUCCAAGCUCUUUGAGCUUCACCACCACCCCGAGCACGUCGAGCUCGCCGUCAGGGACACCUUGAAGAACUUGGGUCUCGAGUACCUUGACUUGUACCUCAUGCACUGGAACAUCGGUCUCCAGGUCGAUGCCCCUGAGGGUACCCUUCCCCAGCAGGAGCACGUCCCCAAGGGCAAGGACAACAAGCCCAAGCUCGACGUUGCCAUCUCUGACGACCCCUCUUCCACCUGGAAGGCUCUUGAGAACCUCGUCGAGAAGGGUCUCGUCAAGUCUAUUGGUGUAUCCAACUUCAACAUCAACCGACUCGAAAAGCUCCUCAAGACUGCCAAGAUCCAGCCCGUCGCCGACCAGGUCGAGCUCUCCAUCCAGUCUCCCCAGCCCGAGCUCGUCGCCUACCUCAAAUCCAAGAACAUCCUUCCUCAGGGUUACUCUCCCCUCGGUGGUACUGGCAAGACCAACCUCCGAGAGAACAAGGCCGUUGAAAAGCUCGCCAACAAGUAUGGUGUCCAGACCUCCAACAUUCUCUUGUCUUGGUUGGUUGAGAGGGGUGUGAACCCUGUCCCCAAGUCUGUCACUCCCGAGAGGAUCGCCAACAACAUCAAGCUUGUCGACCUCUCCAAGGAGGACUUUGAGGCGCUCGAGCAGCUCGCUGAGUCUACUCCUAACAGCCGAGUCUGUGACCAGUCCGACUCGUUCGACCCCACCUACGACAUCUUCCAGGAGAACGACCCCGAGUUCUCCGACAAGGCUCAGUUCGCCAAGCUUGGUCUCAAGCUCUGAGCUGUUGAACGUCGUAAGGUUGGAACUUUGAGUUCAGAAGUAGAAUGAAAGAUAAUAUUAGCGUAAGAAGUCGAAAAUAGAUAUGAAUCAUGUCGUUAUAACCGGGAGCAGCGCAGACUCGACAUCCACUCUCACCUUUCUCAAAAACAAGA